CGCCUUCAAUCACCACACAAUCUCACCUAACAUAACCUUGGAGAACGAGAUUUCCUUGAGAGAGAGAUUCACCAAAAUGUCUGAUCACGGUCACCACGGCCCCGGCGGAGGCCCUGGCGGGCAUGGCCCCGGUGGGCACGGCCCUGGCGGAGGCCCCGGAGGUCCUGGCGGAGGCCCUGGAGGCCACGGUGGUGGUCCUGGCGGCGGAGGCCCUGGCGGCGGAGGCCCUGGCGGACAUGGCCCCGGUGGAAGCCACGGUGGUGGUCCUGGCGGAGGAGGCCAUGGAGGUCCGGGUGGUGGACCCGGGGGAGAUCACGGCCAUGGUGGACCGGGAGGGCAUGGCCCCGGAGGCCAUGGUCCUGGAGGAGGCCCACACCACGGUGGACGCUAGUUCGCCACCGCUCCGCGGUUGUGGACUAGUGCCACAUGGUUGAUAUGUGAUGUGAAGUGUCUCCGGUGCCUUUUUAACUCUCUUUUAUCUGGGAAAAAAAGGGACAAUAAGCACCAUGUGGAGUCGGUCAUGUAGUUUGAGCUUGCAAAUAUCCUAAUGAAUUUCAAGUUCCUAA